AUAUCAAAACCUAGAUGACGAAUUGAACCAAGGCGCCGCACAACUUGCUAAAACAUACGAUCCAGAGGAACAGCGCACUAUUGGGAACGCAGACCCAGAGCAGAACAAUCCCGAAGCAGUGGCGUAUUGGCAGAAGAGGGCAAGAGACGAUCUUUUUCGAAACGCAUUGGGAAUAUUUGGCUACCCGUCUCUACGAAUGGAUCCUGAAAAGGUGAGAGGCAGAUCAGCACUACUAGUCUUGCGAGAAUAUAGACCACUGAUCCGUCACCGUAGACUUCCAGACCUUCAAAAGAAAGCAAGGUUGCGAUUACACCAGAUGGAAGUAGAAUUGGAAAGCCUGCCCAAACCGGUCGACAAUCCUAUCGGAUACAUGGAUAACUUGAUAUGGGAGUUUAACAGAAAGAUUGAGCAAGCCACCGAUAUCCACAAGUUUCACAAUCCACCACUCACUCAAGCUUGUCGUGUGCGAUUGGAGGAAUUCGAUGAUAUGCUAGUGUAUCAACUUCACCCUCGAUUUCGCCCAUUCUCCCGUGAGAUAUUGAGAAAGGCUCCUAUGAAAGAGUAUCAAGAAGAACAUGCUACCCCAGCAGAAAUCCCACAGAUGAACCGGAACAUCCAAAUUCCCGAGCCCAUAUAUCUAGAGGAGGUGAUGGCGAGAUCCAA